AUGGAAAGAGGACCUUCGGCCGAAAGACGGGUAACCAUGACGGUGAGUAUAAGAACCUUUUUCAGAGAGGCGCAUCUUAGUUCCCGGUAGAGAUAGCAAAAACAUGUCAACUUAUAAGAUGUACACCAUUCUCCACUGAGCACUUUAUUAGUUGACCACGUUUUGAUAUCUCUACACAAAGCUGAGAUAUAUUGUCUUGAUCAAAUACUAUUUUCGAGGUAUUCUAUUAUCAAACUUUUUUCAGAUUGACCACAAUUUCACGAAGGAUCUGAUAGGAAAAGUGCGGGCGAAUCCGUGUCUUUAUGAGAUUAGCAAAGGCACUCAAAAUGUGUUCGAGCGGAAAGCCGCAUGGAUCAGAAUAAAAAUGGAGUUGGACUUCGAAGAAGACGCUCAACAACUCUCUGUUCUUUGGAAAAAUCUUCGGGAUAAAUAUGUUAAGAAGAGAUAUAAGGUGAGCUAGUUUUAGACAGGAAGAUUUGAAACAUAAACAUUUGUUUUAGGCCCAAAAAUACCCAAGUGUGCGUCGAACUUGGGUGUAUUUUGAACGAAUGACAUGGUUGGACAUGUACCUCGAUAAGCCGAAGGAAACAAAUAGUCGUACGCACGCACUUCAACCUGUCCAACCGGGAUAUUAUGAAAGCAUUGAUGAUUCUCAGAGUGAAAAUGAAGUAAUGUCCGACGUGCACGGAAAUUAUCAAGUUGUCCGGGAAGAACAGCAGAAUAUGGAGACAAAUGCUGCAGAACCGAUGAUGAUACAGCAUGUUGGACCAGAGCAGUACGCUGGAACACCGAACGGUUAUGAAAUGGUAGCCGAUACGCGAAACAUCCAGCCACUUGUGUACUAUGAGCAGGAGAACGGACAAGUGGAGACAGCCGGAGGCAACCAUCUCCAAUGUAUUCAAAUCAACGGCACACAGUACAUGUUGGUGCCGAUUGGAGAUGAUGAACAUGCCGGAAACAAUGACGAGAAUGUCAAUGUGCUCCAAGAGCAAACAGCACAGUCAGUUAAUUCACAACCUUUUUUCAAAUUAACCUGGCCUUUUUCAGAAUCUACUCGCGUUCCGAAUCAAUGGAUUUCGAGCAAGAGGGGUACGAAAAUGUGCUCGUGAACGUGAACGAAAAUUGGAAUGUGUGCCAAAAGAACGGACAAUAUCAUUCUAACACUAAUUUUUAGUGGUUGAGCAUUAAUUCUUAAAAGGCAAUGUUCCGAAUGUUCCAGCCCAUAUAUCUACAAUCUCCUUCAAAAUGUCAUUAAAGCUUAUCAAACCAUUUUCCGAGGCAUCGUCUUUAUUGAUUCUACUCUAAUUUUCUAGUUCCAAAAUAAAUACAUGUGUAAUAUUCUCUCUUGAUUCCCUCGAAAAGCACUAUCACAAACUAUCCAGCGGGUGUUACAAUCUCCACAUCUUUUUCAACUAUCAAUCCAUUGACCGAGUGGCUUGUUCGGAAUUUAAAACGGAAUUUAUUUAUUGAUAUUACGAUAUAAUUCUGUUAGUUCCUUUGAUUUCAUCAUUCAUUCUGCCAUAACUUGUGUGUGGAGAGAGUUUCAAGAGAACAAUCCCAAACGUUUCCUCGUUGCCUGCAUCUUCUUGCAAAAAACUGAAUCGACGCGUCGUCGUCAUGAAAAAAAACCCAUAAAAAGCAAGAGAACACGGGAAACGAAGAGGGCAAAAGCCAGCUCAUCGAAUACACUUACAUAUUUUAUUGUCCCGCAGGAAGAGAAUCGGCCGAUCAUUCAUUCUUCUUUUUGCAAGCACGCAUUCGUGUGCUAUCCAGUAGAAAUGUAGCUUUAUUUUUUCUAAUUUUCCUUCUCUUCCACUCAAUAUGGAUUUUUCCACUCAAUAAGGAUCAAAUAAUUUUAUGAAAUAUAGAAAAAAAGUAAGUUUUUUCCAACCAAAAACACUUUAAAAACUUACAAAUGUUUUAGAAACAAUGAUCGACUAAUGUCUACGCACUACCGAUUCUUCCGAUUCCGAAGCUUCCGAUUCGAACCAUGGCACAUCACAAUUGUCGACGGAAGCGUCGAUAUCAGAAGAGCAGUCCAAUGCGGGGACCGCUGCAGCAAACCUUGCCAAAGAUGGGUCUACAGGAACAACAAUGGUUCAGAGAUCAACUGCAACGCCAACACCAGAGCAACCAGUGAAUCCAAUAGGGACUCCACAUCAGGAACAAAAUGCGCCAGGACAAGGCACUCCGGAGAUCGGAUUCACGUACACUUCUGUUGCUCAGGCUGGAGCGCCGACAAGAGGACUUAUCAGAGAGUUCCAAUGCGCGGAAUUGAAAGAUGCUGAAAACUUCCGGUGCAUCUUUGAUGAACGGCUAUGUGACUGCCUCGUUCAAGGAACGACUCUUUCGUGCCAUUGCCACCGACUACAACUGAAAGAAGUAAUGGAAAAGACCAAGCUUCCUGUUAAAUAAACUGGAGUGGAAGUUUUGUGAGAGGAUGAGAAGAUCGCGACGAAGAUCACUACUUCGGCUUUGGUUGCGAUUCAAGUCAAAUUCCAAAAUCAAACCGUUCAAAGGAUGGCUAAGGAAGAUGUAAGGAUUGAAGGAUGUUUCGCGUGUGGAAAAGGAGCCAAGCUGCUGGGAAACUGCAUUGGCAGCUUCAAUCAUCGAAUUGAAGCAACAGUCAAAUGCCCCACUCUUGGUGUUCAUUUCAUGGAAUGUGGAAAAAAUGGGAAGAAGACGGAACUCGAGUUCAACGCUGAUGGUGGAAAGAUCGAAGAAACGUGUGAGAUUAAUUGCGGGAAGAAGGUCAAUAAGUUCGUGGUGCAAGGAACCUGGAAGGAGGAGGCGACGUUCGAUGCAAGUCAUCUUCGAGACAAGUUCGCCGCCUACUCUGAAUAUGUGAGCAAUGGAAGUUUGUUGGAGUUGGUGGGAGCAUCGAUCAAGGAGACGUGGAGUUCGUUGGUUAGUGGGAUUGGAAUGUGGACGACGAUCGGGAUGUUGGUUAUCAUCGUCGUCAUCGGACUUCAAUUUUUUAUCGGUCAAGCAGCAUUUUCGUUUUGGUUGUUGCUUCGGCAGUGUCGACGGAAGCAUCGAUAUCAGAAGAUCAGAAAAAGACGGUAGAGCAAACACCAGGAACGAAGGAGAUCGGUAGUAGAAUAUUAUUGCAGCUUUUAUCGGCCCGCUCGGUCGUAAACUGUAGUAUACAUAUAAGCUCUCGUUGUUGUUGUAUGAUAUUGUUUUUCGUUUGUGGAUAAAGUCAGGUCUACUAAUCUACUAUUUCUUUCUUCCUGAGACCAAAUCGGAGAGCCGUACAAUUCUGAUAACAAUGUUCGAGAAGUUCUACGAAACAAACAAGCGAUGCAUCAGCGAGGACAAAGAAUGGUUGCAAAAACGGGCGUUCGUUCGGCGGCGGUUAGUACGAUUUACUAUUAGCUUGACCUCUGUCUAUUUUUCAGAUAA